UGUCCCGGCAUCCGCAUUAUUCUCAGUCGUCUAACAGUCGCCGGACAAACCUGCCGCAGAUACUCUGUUUCGAUCAUACGACGUACGGAAUUCAUCGAAGUUACUCAAAAAUCUACCGAAAUUUUCCGGACAACCGUAUCUCGUAAUAUAAAAUAACUAACGAAGGAGAUGGCAGCGAUAACGAAACUCUCAAUCAUCAGGCUCUUCGAGCUGGUGUUGGUCUGCGUCAUGAUAGGCCUGCACUACCACUCAGCCGUAAUCUUGGGGCCGAUUAAGGACUUGUUGAUUGUGGGGACCAUAGGUGGAUACCUUAUUAUCCUGAUCGGGCUCUUCGCUGCUUCGCUAAUGGGGACACCGGUGAACAGGCGUGUUGACUUAUUCUUCAGCGUCGUCGGUUGCGUCCUUUUCGUAAUUGCGGGUGGAAUCGCCAUCCAUUACUUCAAGACUCUGCCGUCCUAUUCUACCAAUGAGUUGAGGAACAUAGGAUUGUCCAAAGGAUCGAUGGCGAUCAUCGAGGCGGCAUUUUUCUUAGCAGAUGCUAUAUUCACCUUCCGGGGCGAAGCCUGAAGAACUCGGUUACAAUGGGACACCUCAAAGGGGCUGCUGCUCUCGAUUGUUUGUCGCUCUCCGAACGCCGAAUUUACCAUCUUUGUACAACUAUUUAGCGUUAUUCUUUGAACUACACUUCAGCAUAUUUAUGCGAAAACCCAUCUACGUCUCGUUCUACAUAACAAUAAAGAAAAUGACAGCAAAUUCGCGCGAAUUUAUUCGAGUCUGCUGGGCUUUUCAGUUAAGCCAACGCGACUGAGAUCAAGAAUUCACGUUACUGCUUUCGGUAUAAUUUUCGUCCAAGCGACGAAGUUCAUAUUCCAAUAAUUUUACGACAGAUUGUCACUUACAUAUGUUACAAUUGUGCCGUAAAUUUUGUACGGGUAAUCGUGGAUAUUAUAAUCAUAAGAAUCAUGAUGAUAAGCAAACAAUGUAGUGUAUACGUGAUGAAUUUCUUUUGCCAAUAGAUAGAAAAUUAAAUUUUUGGUCGGAUUGAUGUAUAGUUAUUGUUCAGUUUCGCGUAUAGGUAAUUAGUAACACAAAUGUAGAGUUCAGAAAGAAGUAAAUCUUCAGAUUAUCGCAGCAGUCCUGGUAGAUGUGAACGUCUCAUACCUAUACAACAUACGUAUGAUAUAUUUAUUAUGUAAUAAUUAUUAUAAUAUCUGUAAAAUUCAUCAUCUAACAAGUCAUUAGUCCAUGAUUUUUGCAACAUAACGCUGAUUUUCCACGCAUCUAAUAUUAUUUUAAUUCGUGUAUGAUAAACUACUAACUUACAGUGAAGAAUGUACUCUGUUAUGUGUAAUUUUUUUCAGUUCUAUUGUUACGACUGCUUUCGCUGCAAAAAUGUACGAAACCGAAAUUAAUAAACUACGUAUAUUUAGUCAUCUAA